CUUCCCUUCUCCUCAUCCUCUGCCAUUCUCGAUCUCGGCUGUGGUGUCGCCCAGAUACUCGGCCGCCUCCUAGACACCUACGGCGCUGACCUUCCCGCUCACACGCGCCUCGUCGCUGCGGACCUCAAUUCGGAAAUGGUCACCACGGUCCAGAGGCGCAAAGCUACCGAAAUCGCCGAGGGGAACAAGAUCUGGGAGCGGGUGGAGACGGCCGUCUGGGACGCGCAGGACCUCGUGACAGCGGGCGUUCCAGACAAUGAAUUCACCCAUGUGACAGCAGGCCUGCUGCUCUUCACGGUAGAGAGGCCUAGAGACGUCCUCGCGGAGAUCAGGAGGGUUCUGAAGAACCCUGGGGGUGUGUUCGGGAUGACCAGUUUCCGCUCAGCGAACUGGUUAAAUUUCAUCGAGGACGUGCUGAACACAGUGAGGCCGGGCACGAAACUUACGCGUGUUCCGACGCCGUGGGCGUCUGUCGAGGCUGUCAGGCAGCGGCUGGAGGAGGCAGGGUUCAGAGAUGUGAGUGUGGAAGAGGUGCAGGUAUUUUAUGGGUUUGAAGAG